CUGGCUUGCCGAACAACCUCCUCGUGGUGCCAGCUGAGUGGUUCGGGUUUUUCCCGUUCCAGCAAAUGGUUCGGCGGCAGUGUUCCAGGACGUGGUGGGUUUUCGCCUGGCAAGCGUUCUCCCUAUAAAAAGCCACAAAUGUCUGUUUAACAACACUGCGACGUGGCGGAUGUGACUCGCCACUAAAUAAAGUCACUGCCCCUUGCCCCUCCCUGAGAGGCAUUGUACUUCAAGGGUGCGUUGGGCCCCUGGUCCUUCACGGACCGAAAGGCGUAUGAACCAUCUAUUUGGUCACCGGCUCCCAACGGGUUGCGACGCCCUCACAUCGCCCUGCUGCCUUGUAGGUUAGAUCUUUGAUCAAAGGCUCGGGGUAGGGCCCCCUAAGACAACCCUCUACUUCGGCCUGGGCAACCGGGUAGUAUCACGCCCACUGACGAAUCAUGGACCACACUGCUUACUACUGCUCUUGCUAUGCCUAUCAUCUCUGCUAACUCAACUCCUCAACCUCCACUCACAGAUCACCCCACCUCCCGUCCUUCACCUAUAUGUACUCUUAUGUCUUCUUCGGUCACCGUCACAAACGACCCACGUCUCGCAACUGAUGGAAGUAACAGCCAAACUCCCGGUUUUCAAUGUCCUGCGAUCGCAACCGUCUCUCACUCCACCGAAGCUCCAGCUCUUCUUCGACCUGGUUCUCCAUUCAUCCUCGCAGCGUUUAAUGUUCGAACUUUGAUGCAGAUCGGACGACAAGCAUGUCUGGCCCGUACUCUUGAAACGCUCUCGGUAGACAUCUGUUGCCUUUCAGAGACCAGAUUACAAGACUCUAGCGCCGUCAUCAGAAUGGCCUCUCCGGUAAACCCUGACGCCAAAUACCACUUGCGGCUUUCCGGAGACCCAGAAGCUGCCGCCUCUGGCCAAGCUGGUGUUGGGGUUGCACUGAGUGCCAGGGCUGAAUCAGCUCUGCUUGACUGGAUCCCAGUCAACAGUCGGCUAUGCGCAGUCCGAUUAAGAGGUUCAUGUAAUGUAAGCAGGCGUCGAGACGUUAAGCGUGCCUUGUUUGUCGUCUCCGCCUACGCCCCUACAGACUGCAGCCCGGAUGCAGUCAAGGAUAGCUUUUACCAGCAGCUACAUGAACUUCUGCGUUCCUCCAAAAGGACUGAUAUAGUCAUUCUUGCCGGGGACUUUAACGCACGGGUGGGCCGCCUUCCACCAAGCGAGCACCACCUUGGGGGUAGUUUUGGCCUCGGUGGCAGUCGAUCAGACAAUGGAGACAGACUGCUUGCUCUUUGCUCUGAUCAUCGCUUGUUUCUUUCGAGCACUAGUUUUCGGCACUCGAGGAGACACACUGCUACCUGGCGCCCGCCCUCACAAACGCAAGAGUGCUCCCAGCUUGACCACAUAGCAAUCAGCUACAGAUGGCGCGGAAGCGUAACGGACUGCCGAUCGUACUGGUCAACUUAUCUAGACUCCGAUCACGCAUUGGUUCGUGCUAAGAUUUGCAUGCGUUUCGGAGGAUCACCCAAGCGCGCUCACUACCGACCGGACGUCGCAAAUCUACAAAACCCUGCGAUUUUAACCAGGUACCAAGCCUCACUGUCAACAUUGCUUGGCUCAACUAUUGACGGUGACCUCGAUUCGCAGUGGGCGCAGAUCAAAGAUGCCUUAGUUUCCGCCAGUAUCGACACUUGUGGAGUUGCCCGUCACCCACCGAAGCAUUGGAUUUCCGCCGUCUCCUUGUCGCUGAUGGACAAACGCCGCUUGAUCCCGUCGGAUUCCAGACACAGUGAAGAACGCCAAUCCCUGGUCGAGAGUUGCGCAGGAGUCUGCAAAUGGACCGCGAAGCUUGGUGGUGUGAACGUGCUAGGGAGAUGGAGCUUGCUAGUCUCUCUGGUAAUACCAGAAAACUUUUCCAUCUCAUUCGAGUCACCGAAGGUGUUCGAUCUGGUAUAAGUGAAACAAUAUGCGAAGAGGAUGGCACCUUAAUCACCAAUCUUCAACGACGGUUGGAGCGAUGGGCCGAACAUUUUGGCUCGCAGUUUUGUUGGCCCCCAGCUCCAUCUGCUACCUCUGGCGCUCGCACUGGUGCCGAGUGGUCUACCCCACAGAUCCUCCCUCUUACCAGGAAAUCGAGCAGGAGCUCCGCC